GAAUCGAUGGGCUGGAGUUCACAACUUGCGCGCCAGUCCUACCGGAGUCACUGCUAUGAUUUCUGCUGAUAAACCAAACUGGACUAAACCGAUACGAUGAACACCUGUGCGUUUCUGCUGAUCCUUGCCGUUCAGAUCUACGCCGAUGGCAUUGAAGGGCCAACAGCAGCGGGCUGCACCUUCGACGAGGACUCGGACCCCAGCCUGUGUGAGUUCACUCAGGGGGAGGAGGAUGACUUCGACUGGCAGCUGAUCCGCACCUACAGUUCACCGCACACCACCUCCGACCUCCUGCGCGGGUCCUACAUGUUGGUGAACUCCUCCCAGCAUGCCGCGGGGCAGCGGGCCCAGCUGCUCCUGCAGACGCUGAGCGAGAACGACACGCACUGUGUCCAGUUCAGCUACUUCCUGUACAGCCGGGACGGCCACAGUCCUGGGGCGCUGAGGGCCUACGUGCGCGUCAACGGCGGGCCCCUGGGCAGCCCCGUCUGGAACGUCUCCGGGUCCCAUGGCCGACAGUGGCACCAGGUGGAGCUGGCCGUCAGCACCUUCUGGCCCAACGAGUACCAGGUGCUAUUCGAGGCAACGGUUUCCAAGGAGAGACGGGGCUACAUUGGCAUGGACGACAUCCUGCUCCUAAACUACCCCUGCUACAAAGCCCCCCACUUCUCCAGGCUGGGUGAUGUGGAGGUCAACGCCGGGCAGAACGCUACCUUUCAGUGUGUGGCAUCCGGCCGUGCUUCAGAAGCAGAGAAGUUCCUGCUGGAGCGGCACAGCGGAGACCUGACCCCGGCGGCCUCCGUUAAGCACCUGAGUCACCGGCGCUUCGUGGCCUCCUUCCAGCUGGACGCAGUGCAGCGCAGUGAGCAGGACCUAUACCGCUGCGUCACACAGUCCUCCCGCGGCUCCGGGGUGUCCAACUUCGCCGAGCUCAUCGUCAAAGUGCCACCCUCCCCCAUAGCCCCGCCCCAGCUCCUGCGAGCGGGCUCCACCUACCUGAUCAUCCAGCUCAACACCAACUCCAUCCUCGGGGAUGGCCCCAUCAUCCGCCGGGAGAUCGAGUACCGGGCCAGCCAGUCGCCCUGGUCCGAGGUGCAUGGUGUCAACAUGGUCACCUACAAGCUGUGGCACCUGGACCCCGACACUGAGUACCACAUCAGCGUCCUGCUCAGCCGGCCCGGAGAGGGCGGAACUGGCCCGCCCGGGCCCCCGCUCGUCAGCAGAACCAAGUGUGCAGAGCCGAUGAGGGCACUGCGAGGCCUGACAGCGACAGAGAUCCAGUCCCGGCAGCUCACGCUGCAGUGGGAGACUCUGGCCUACAAUCUGACACGCUGCCAUACCUACUCCGUGUCCCUGUGCUACCGCUACUCCACAGCAGGGGGCGGCGGCGGGCACAACACCACGGUGCGCGAGUGCCUGGCGGUGGAGCACAACGCCUCGCGCUUCACGCUGCGGGACCUGCCGCCCUACCGCGCCAUCCACGUGCGUCUGGCGCUGUCCAACCCCGAGGGCAAGAAGGAGGGCCGGGAAGUCACCUUCCAGACGGAGGAGGACAUUCCCGGCGGCAUCGCCCCCGAGUCUCUGACCUUCACCCCGCUGGAGGACAUGAUAUUUCUGAAGUGGGAGGAGCCAGUGGAACCCAACGGCCUCAUCACCCAAUACGAGAUCAGCUACCAGAGCAUUGAGUCCUCCGACCCGGGAAUCAACGUCCCGGGCCCCCGCCGUACUGUCUCCAAGCUGCGGAAUGAGACCUACCACAUGUUCUCCAACCUGCACCCGGGCACCACCUACCUGAUCUCCGUGCGUGCCCGCACCGCCAAGGGCUUCGGCCAGACCGCCCUCACGGAGAUCACCACCAACAUCUCGGCGCCCAUGUUUGAUUAUGGAGACAUGCCGUCCCCGCUGAGUGAGACAGAGAGCACCAUCACCGUGCUGCUGCGCCCCGCCCAGGGAAGAGGAGCUCCCGUCAGUACAUACCAGGUGGUGGUGGAGGAGGACAGCACCCGGAAAGUGAAGAGGGAGCUGGGGGCACAGGACUGCUUCCCUGUGGCCACCUCGCACGGAGAGGCCCAGGCCAAGGGGGCCCUGCACUACUACACCGCGGAGCUACCCCCCAGCAGCCUUCCCGAGGCUAUGCCCUUCACUGUGGGCGACAACCACACCUACAACGGCUACUGGAACACGCCCCUCGACCCCAGGAAGAGCUACCUCAUCUACUUCCAAGCUAUGAGCAACUUUAGAGGGGAAACCCGGAUAAACUGCAUCCGCAUCGCCCGGAAAGCGGCCUGCAAGGACCACAAGCGGGCCAUGGAGGUGUCGCAGCACUCGGAGGAGAUGGGGCUGAUUCUGGGGGUGUGCGCUGGAGGCCUGGUGGUGCUCAUUCUGCUGCUGGGGGCCAUCAUCAUCAUCAUCAAGAAGGGAAGGGACUACUACUCUUACUCUUAUUACCCCAGGAAGCCGGUGAACAUCAACAAGACGCCCAUCACGUACCGGCAGGAGAAGACGAACAUGAUGGGGUCCAUGGACCGCAGCUUCACCGACCAGAGCACCCUGCAGGAGGACGAACGCAUGGCCCUGUCCUUCAUGGACGCCCACAACUGCAGCAGCCGCAGUGAACAGCGGACCUCGGUGAACGAGUCCAGCAGCCUCCUGGGGGGGUCGCCACGGAGACAGUGCGGGCGAAAGGGCUCCCCCUACCACACGGGGCAGCUGCACCCGGCGGUGCGCGUAGCCGACCUGCUGCAGCACAUCAACCAGAUGAAGACUGCAGAGGGUUAUGGCUUCAAGCAGGAGUACGAGAGUUUCUUUGACGGCUGGGAUGUUACCAAGAAGAAGGACAAGACCAAGGGAAGGCACGACAGCUUGAUGGGUUAUGACCGCCACAGGGUGAAGCUACACCCACUGCUGGGAGACCCCAACUCGGACUACAUCAAUGCCAACUAUAUCGACAUUCGGAUAAACAGGGAAGGCUACCAUCGCUCCAACCACUUCAUCGCCACUCAGGGGCCCAAGCAGGAGACGGUGUACGACUUCUGGCGGAUGGUGUGGCAGGAAAACUGCUUCAGCAUCGUCAUGAUCACCAAGCUGGUGGAGGUUGGCAGGGUGAAAUGCUGUAAGUACUGGCCAGAGGACACCGACAUGUACGGUGACAUCAAGAUCACCCUGCUGAAGACGGAGACGCUGGCGGAGUACACUGUCCGCACCUUCGCUCUGGAGAGGAGGGGCUACUCCGCCAAGCACGAGGUGCGCCAGUUCCACUUCACAUCCUGGCCGGAGCACGGCGUGCCGUACCACGCCACCGGCCUGCUGGCCUUCAUCCGCCGCGUCAAGGCCUCCACGCCGCCCGACGCCGGGCCCGUGGUGGUGCAUUGCAGCAUGGGGGCGGGCAGGACGGGCUGCUACAUCGUCCUGGACGUGAUGCUGGACAUGGCCGAGUGCGAGGGCGUGGUGGACAUCUACAACUGCGUCAAGACCCUCUGCUCCCGGCGGAUCAACAUGAUCCAGACAGAGGAGCAGUACAUCUUCAUCCACGAUGCCAUCCUGGAGGCGUGUCUGUGUGGAGAGACCGCCAUCCCAGUGAGCGAGUUCGCCCUCACCUACAAGGAGAUGCUGCGGGUGGACUCCCAGAGCAACUCGUCUCAGCUGCGGGAGGAGUUCCAGACGCUGAACUCGGUCACCCCUCACCUGGACGUGGAGGAGUGCAGCAUCGCCCUGCUGCCCCGGAACCGGGAGAAGAACCGCAGCAUGGACGUGCUCCCGCCUGACCGCGCCCUGGCCUUCCUGGUCACCACCGAGGGCGAGAGCAACAAUUACAUCAACGCUGCGCUGACCGACAGCUUCCACCGGCCGGCCGCCUUCAUCGUGACCCCCCACCCGCUCCCCGGCACCACCGCGGACUUCUGGAGGCUGGUCUUCGACUACGGCUGCACCUCCGUGGUCAUGCUCAACCAGCUCAACCAGUCCAACUCCGCCUGGCCGUGUGUUCAGUACUGGCCUGAGCCCGGCGUGCAGCAGUACGGACCCAUGCAGGUGGAGUUCCUGUCGCGGUCUGCCGAUGAUGAUGUCAUCACUCGUCUUUUCCGGGUCAAGAACGUGACACGGCUGCAGGAGGGUCAGCUGGUGGUUCGGCAGUUCCAGUUCCUGCGCUGGUCGGCGUACCGGGACGUUCCCGACUCCAAGAAGGCCUUCCUCAACCUGCUGGGCCACGUCAACAAGUGGCAGAGAGAGUGCGGGGAGGGCCGCACCAUCGUCCACUGCCUGAAUGGCGGGGGGCGCAGCGGGACCUUCUGUGCCUGCACCAUGCUGCUGGAGAUGAUCCAGUACCAGAGCUUUGUGGACGUCUUCUACGCCGUUAAGACGCUGCGCAACUCCAAGCCCAACAUGGUGGAGUCCCUGGACCAAUACCGCUUCUGCUAUGAGCUGGCCUUGGAGUACCUGGAGUGCAUGGAGGUGAGAUAGCACCGGGGUCCUGGAAGCCCCUCACCUGAUCGGGGACUGCUGAUUGGGCCAAACCCGCAUCGCCUCGUUCUGUGUUCUCUUUCCCUUUGUUUUUUUUUCGCCUCGCUUGGAUUA